GGCCCGCUGGCCAAUGGAGAGCGGCGAGAGCGUUAUGGCCCUGAGGGAUCGGGAGCCGCUUCUGAGGCCGGAGGGUUUGGACGUUGAAGAGGAGGCUGUUUUUGAACGAAGGAAAUCUGGAAGAGAUAGUUACGAAAUCGCACUGACAUUUGAAGAAGCUGUUGAAGAAACAGGUUUUGGCACUUUCCACAUAGCUCUCUUGGUUAUCUGCGGGUGGGCAAAUGCCAGUGAUGCCGUUGAAAUUCUGUGUGUGUCUUUCCUGCUUCCCACUGCCCGCUGUGAUCUUUACCUUAGCACAGCAGAUAUGGGUUGGCUUACAGCAAGUAUAUUCCUAGGUAUGAUGGUUGGGGGAUACAUGUGGGGAGUUCUCGCAGACCUGAAAGGCCGUCAACGAAUUCUUGUUUUGUCAUUGGCAGUGAAUGGCAUCUUUGGCGCAGUGUCUAGCCUAGCAUCAAAUUAUUGGCAAUUCCUACUAUUGCGAUUUAUUAGUGGAUUUGGUGUUGGUGGCUCCAUACCAGUCAUAUUCUCCUAUUUUUCGGAAUUUCAACCUCGGAAUAAAAGAGGCUGCAUGGUCAGUGCUUUGGCCACUUUCUGGAUGGCAGGAAAUAUUUUAGCAGCAGGUCUGGCUUGGCUGGUUAUCCCCAGGACUUCAUUGUCUUUCCAGCUGGGUUCUAUACAUUUUCAGAGCUGGAGGCUUUUUGUGCUGCUGUGUUCAGUACCCAGUCUGACCUCUGCGUUGAUCUAUGCUAUGGGGAUGCCCGAGAGUCCCAAGUACUUGAUGCAGGCUGGUCGGGAGGUCGAUGCUCUUCAAGUUUUCCAGCGCAUGUUUUACUGGAAUCACCGUGGAAAAGCUCGUUUCUUUUCAAUGUUAAUGACUCUGCAGGAUUCUGAGGUCUUGCCAAGGGUUCAGCGGCUGGCGAUUCCUCCACUUGAGAGAAGCAAUGCAAGGACGUAUGAAAGUCGUACUAAUUGGUUUAAGCAGCAGAUGAUAAAGGGAUUGGAUCCCAUCAGGAAGAUUCUUGCCCAAAAACUGCGCACCACAUCAAUUGUUCUCUCCAGCAUCUUCUUCAGCAUCUCGUUUGGGUAUUAUGGUCUGUGGAUGUGGUUUCCCGAGCUUCUCAAACGGAUCGAGAUCGGAGGUGGUUCUGCGUGCUCGAGUAAUUGGAGCAGCUCCAGUGAAGGAAGUGUGGAGAAUGUCACUUGUUAUCCAGUGAAGACAGUGGUGUAUAAAGAAGGCUUUAUAAUUGCUGCUGCCAGUCUUCCUGGUAAUAUCUUCACUAUCUUACUGAUGGAUCUGCUGGGAGGCAAAUUUCUACUCUGUGCUAGUCUUUUUCUGUCAGGAAUCUGUGCAUUUUUCAUCUGGCAAGUGAAGACCAAAACGCAGAGCUUGAUAGUGUCCUGUGUGUUUAGUGCCAUCUCAGUUGUUGCUUGGAACUCACUUGAUGUCAUUGGGUUAGAAUUGUACCCAACUAACUUACGGUCUUCUGCACUUGGAGUUUUCACUGGUAUCAGCCGCGUUGCCUCCAUUUUGGGAAAUGUGGUGUUUGGCCAACUGGUUGACAUGAACUGCAGUGUGACCAUCCUCAUGGUUGCAGUAAUAUUUUUCAUCGGCGGUCUGGCAUGCUUCAAAUUACCUAACACUAAGCACAUUGAAUUGAGUUGAGAAGAAGAGUUGAAGUUACUGGAACAUUUAUCAUUGGUGCCUUUACCUAUGUAAGCGUUUAACCCAUCAACUCCAAUUUGUCCUUUGCUUGUGAAGUGUACUGGAAUGAGAUGCCGUAAGCUCGAAGAGGGAAUAUGGCCCUAUUUAUGAAGGGUAACUGCAAAAGACGACCAAUACGAAUAUUUUGAAUAGAAACAAAUUGUUGACAAACGUGGCUACAUGAAGCAUGCACCAUAAAAUAAGGAUCUUCUGCUGAGAUUCAAAAAAAACCUCACUUGUUACAUUGUAAACUCAAAAUGCCAUGCAGUUUGUGCUUACAAUGACAACUUUCAGGUUCAGAUCAUGAAACUUUGUGAUAAGCUCCUUCCUCAGUUUGUACUUUGUUCUUCUGUUGACCUCCCACCAUAAAUAGGAAGGGUCAUGGCUCAUGUAGUAACUCUGAAUAGAUAGGGAGUAAAGACAACGUGCAUCUGUUACACUUUGAAAGUGAGACAGUCUGACUAAAGGAUCAAGUUUUCUGAAACAGGAGCUAUAGUGAACUUUUGUUGAGAACAUCAUUUGUCUUACGAACAAGGCUGGCCCUAUUGUGCAAUAUUUACAUGUUUACUUCUAAGCCAUUUGGAUUCUGUACAGAUUCAAAAUGGGCAAAUACCAAAAUUGUGGAUAAUCCAUAUUGAGGAUUGCAAUAGAGUGAGAAUGAAAUCUGCACAAUGAUAAACAGAUGCACUAAUGGAGAGUUAUGACAACACAUUGUCAUAUUUUUAAAACUCUGCUGGAUUGACCAAUUUGAAUUAUGUAAUCCCUCACCCUCCCUGGCUUGCUGACCUGGGACAUUGCUUAGGCAGGAGCGUAGUUUUGAAUUAAUUUUCUGAUGCCUCCAUAGCCCUCCCCCCACCCCUCAAGUGUUCAGACUUCAAUUUCUGAAUUACUCAGUCAUAAUCUCUCCUAUCCUUUAAAAGGAACUCAAACCUGUGACCAGGCUUUUGGUCAUUUAAUUUGUGGUAGUGUCCCUACCUCUAGGCUAGAUAGCCAAGUUCAAAUCCACCUGCCCUGCAGGUGGGUAACAACCCGUCCAGUUUGAUUAAAAAUAAUUGUGAUCACCCGUCCAAAUCUUGUGGCCAUGUUGUUUGAUGUAUUUAUAAAUGCAACAUUAAUAGAUACUAAUUUCAAAAACAUUGCACAUACACAGGCACUAUGAACCAGACCAGAUCUCCUCAUAUUAAGCUAGCCUAGACCCUAACGUUCUUAGUUUAAACAGCAAAUGUGAACUGCUAUGUUCCAGCUGCAAUUUGACUGGUCAAACAUUAAGCAAGAGAAUUUAUUCAGACACUAUAGUUAAAAAAGGAAGAACAAACUAAGAAAAACUUAUUGGAGAACUUAACAGAAUAAUACAGUAACUAUUACUAAUUAACUUUCAGUAUAGUAACAUCCCAUAAACACAACCCUGGCAAAAAGGCAAAUUUGGAAAAUAUUUUCACAUGCAACACCUGCAGUAGGAAAAGAAACCUCAGCUUCUUGCUGUAACUGACCAGGGGGUGUGUGUGUGUGUGAGAGAGAGAGUGAGUGUGUGAGAGAGAGGAAAUUGCUGUGACUUCAAAGACUCCACCAAGACUUCUGCUGAAGCUAAAAGCUUAAAAAAAAACCCAGGUUCAGGAGAGCUGGAUACGGCCACCCAGGCUUUGUGUUGUUCCAAAUUUAAAAGUAAACCCCAAGGCCUCAAGCUAUUUAUAUUCCCACAUACUCCCGGUCACCUCUCGUUCAAUCUCUCAAGACAAAACACACUUCUUAAAGACACAGCUUUAUCACAGUGCUAGGCCCCAAACUCGAGGAAAAAUACACUUGCAUAAAUGUUACAAUAGUUCCAGGAUACCAAACUAGGGUAAAAUUCUCAACCUAGCGCUUCCUGCUGAGCUGAAAAAAGAAUAGGAAUAGGCCACUUAGUCUUACCAGUUAACAGAAUAGGCUUGAGGUACUGUGACCAACCCAGUUAUAGGCCAACUGUACUUUUAACCUGAACCCUAAAACUCUUGAUUCUCUGGUCAACCAGCAAGCUGCCCAGUUCUCCCUCAGCAAGCAACCACCAACACCUCUCAAAAGAAACACCUUUCAGCACUGCUCCUGUCAAAAGCCCCUUUGCCAACUUCUCCCCUUGUGUGGAAAUUUAAAACUGUGGGCAUAACGUAAAAGUGGGAAAACCCUUUCUAAAUUGUCCCCACAGUUCUAAGUUUCCAUACGGGGAGAAAUUGGCAAAGGGGCUUUUGACAGGAGCAGUGCUGAAAGACUAGGUGCCAUAAACAUGAAGGAAAAUAUGACAGGAAGGGCGAUUUCCUUUGAACAAGGGAAACAGCACAUUUAAUUUCAAAUGCAGGACAAACUAUUGCACAGUAACCUUAAACUAUAUUUAGUAAAGCAUUCACCUGAAGACUAAAGCUGUUCAUAAUUUUUUUAAAAAAGGCAGUACUGCUAUGGGACUAUUGUUUAUUAUAUGCAAACUAGAUUUGGUUUUUGGUCUAGUGAAGAAAAAAUGAUUUUUAUUGGGGAAAUGUAUCUGUACUAAUCAACACUGGUACUUCUACAUUGAAUAAUCAAAUAAGUUCUCAUUGAACUUUUCAGACAUUUCUACUCAGGAAAAAAAUAAUUGAGUGGUGUAGCACCCAAAUCUUUAAAGUAAAAGUGCCUUAAUUCUUACCUAUUCUAUCUUUAUAUUACUUUGAUCCUGACUCUGGAAUUUGCAACAUUCCAAGAAUUAAAAAAAAACUUCCUCCUGA